AUGGAGGAUUCUAGUGGUGGUAACGAAUCAACCAACGCCAUUAAGUACCCGCCUCCCGCCGCUGUAUCCUCCAGCAGUGCUCGGCCAUAUCGCUGUGAACUGUGCCAGCGUUCGUUCCGCGAGGUGGCAACACUGCGCAAGCAUGAACAGCUCCAUCGAGCAGAUCGGCCAUACGUGUGCGCGACCUGCGGUAAGUCAUUUCUGUGGUCAUCAAAUCUCAAAGUACAUGAGAGAGUUCACACUGGUGAAAGACCUUAUAAAUGUAAGAUAUGUCACCGCUGCUUUACACAGAGCAACGAUCUGCGCCGGCAUGAGCGCAAUGUACAUAUGCGUGGCAAACUUUAUGGUUACAGAAAUCCCGUAAGACCCACACCGCAGGUCAACCUAGCUGCCUACCAGGCUUUUGCGAUGCAGCAGAGAGCACUGCUGCAACAGGCAUUGACUUAUGAGACUCUCAUGCACAACACAACGACAACGACCUCAGGACCACCAGUUCCGUCUAACUUGGCACUCCAUGAGCAACAACACCAACAGACUGGGUUGAUGCAGGGAAAGCCACCGCCUCAGCUUGACCGGUCCUCACAGCAACAGCACCAACAACAACAUCAAAGAGAUAUUCAGAACCUGCAAAAUGAGCAACAGCAGCAGCAUUUGCAGGCCAUUACAUCUAUGAGUUCAAUCAAACUGGAGCAGGUGACCCCACCAACAACACCGUCUGAAAUGGAUGAGCAGCAGCAGCAGCAGCAGCAGCAUGGUGUCCAUAAGAGCAUGGCCAGUAGUAGUGGUAGUGGCCACACUGUAGAAACAACGACUUACGUGCAUGCCAGCACACCUCCUAGCUUGUACACAAUUGCCAUGCCCUCACGAAGCGUCAUACACUCUCCACCCUCAUUGACUUCUGUGGCUGAGAUGAACUCCUCUGAACUUAUGAGAGCAUCAUCAACAGAAAGCCAGAAAGACAAGGAAAAGCAAUACCCCUCUACCUCAUCAGCAUCACAAAUUCUAUCACCCUCGAACACUUCAUUAACAGAUCUACCUCAAUCUGCCCAGAUGGCACCACCUAUGUCGACCUUGACCCGUACAUCUGAGGACAGCGUUAUGGACUUGAGCAUGAACAAGUCUACAGCGACUGUUUCAACCGCAAGCUUGGUAUGUGAAACAGCAACGUCAGAGCAUUAUCACUGGAAGCGAGGUAGCUUCAUACAGACGUCAAAAACUCCAAGCUUAGAUUCAGAAUCUGAAGAAAAGCGUGACGUGACAACUACCUCUGCAACUCCAACAACAGACGUUGGAUUUCAUCAGUGUUAUCACUGCGGGAUUUACUUUCAUGACUACACAAUGUUCCACCUCCAUCAGAGUCUGCACUCACCAAUUGACGAAGAUCCAUUUCGAUGUCCGUCCUGUAACAAGCACUGCCAAGACCGAAUUGAGUUCACGUUCCACAUUGAGCCCUCUAUUCUCUCAGGUGACUUACUACCUCAGUAA